CACUGUAUACACCCAACCAGGAAAAUGUAAAUACAAGUGGAUGCGUGUAUUAUUUGAACUCUGUUGUCUUGUCGGUCGUUGUUAAUUUUCUAAGCCCGGGGGUGGAAGUUAUUAUUCCACUUGAAGGGGCAGCGUGGAUGGAGGGGGGUGAGAUAGGUCACCGAGCCGAAACGGCCAAGCCAGGUCGAGAGACGAGAGAUAGCAGCACCCAGACUGAGAGCAGAAUACAAGGCCAUGGUCCCAGGUUAUCCCGGGUUAAUUUGUUUACCUUACUGAGUUUAUGGAUGGAGUUGUUCCCUCGGGAACAACAGGAAGAGGAUGAAACCAGUCAGGUUCGUGGGAUGGGUCUGGUGGUGGUGCAGGACAGUAAGGUGGUGGGAUUCCACUUUUCAGGAGUGGAGCUCCAUGCAGGACAGGCAGCCAUUAUCCAACAUGGCUCAUGCUUGGCUGACUGUCAGCUAUACUUCUCGAGGAGACCCUGUGCCACCUGCCUUAAGAUGAUCAUCAAUGCUGGAGUCAGGCAGAUCUCCUUCUGGCCCGGAGACCCUGAGGUCAGCGUGCUCAAAUCCACGUCCAGAGACCAUUUGCACACUCACUCCCACAGUCAGCUUGUUUGCAUCACAGAGGAGGCCGUACUAGACGCCGUUGCAACCGAGACGUUGAAGUCCAACAGUCGUCCUCACAUCUGUGUGCUGCUGCAGCCACUGGCACCUGCACUAGGUCAGUUUAUUGAAGAGACAUCCAGAGACUGUGAUUUCAUGGAUAAAGUGGCCGAUGAUGAGCCAGGCCUGAACACAGAGGAACUCUUUAACAGAGAACGACUGAGGCACCUGAAGGAUUUUUCCAGACAGUUCCUUGUCGAGGCGCCUCAGCAGCAUCAGGAGAUCUUGAUGCACAUGGGUCUUGAUAAUUACUGUGUGGAGCCAUACUUCUCAAACCUGAGACACAACAUGAGGGAGCUGGUGGGGGUUCUAGCUACAGUGACUGCUGGAGUGCCACUGCAACACCAUGGAUUCUACAGAGAACGGUGUUUGACACCUGAGCCAUCACUCUCCAGGUCCUUCCUGCCUCCUCACGGUGAAGGAGUAUCACAAGAAGUGGCUCGUCAUUGCAUCAUCCAAGCCCGACUGCUGGCCUAUAGAACAGAGGAUCCCAAAGUAGGUGUGGGUGCUGUUAUUUGGGCCAGAGGACUCACGGCUGGCAGUGCUGGAAUGGGGAGUCUGUCCCUAGUGGGUUGUGGGUACAACGCUUACCCAGUAGGAUCACAGUAUGCAGAGUAUCCACAGAUGGACACCAAACAAGAAGACCGACAUAGACGUAAAUACAGAUUCAUUGUCCAUGCGGAGCAGAACGCCCUCACCUUCAGGGCCAGAGACAUCAAAGCAGGAGAGCCCACCAUGUUGUUUGUGACUAAAUGUCCAUGUGAUGAAUGUGUACCACUGAUCAGAGGAGCCGGUAUCACGCACAUAUACACCACUGACCAGGACCGGAACAAAAAUAAGGGAGACAUUUCCUACCUGAGGUUCAGCAGCCUGAACGACAUCAGCAAGUUGACAUGGCAGAGGAACCCUUCAAUCAGCUCAUCUCCCUCUCAUAUUGCCAACGGUGGUGCUGGGAAGCACAGUCGACAGACUGAGCAGUCGAGCUACACCAACAAGAGACUGUGUAUCAAUAGAGUCCAUGACUCAACUUCUGUCAGCUGAGCAUCACCAAAACCCACAUGAUCAUAGUUUAUUUUAAUACGUGCCAUAGACUAGAUCAUUUCUGGUUAAAUUGAUAUAAUAUGAUUGUAGUCUUUUCCUAUUCUUAUUAAUGUUGUACAGAAACUAAAAUUGAACACUACACAUUGUGUAGUGUUCAAUUUUCCCCUGAAAUUCUACAUUUAUUUAAUGACCAGAGGCUGCUUAAAAUAGGGGUUAGUGUUAGUGGUGUGUGAUUGGAGGACUAUGCACAAAGUCCUUUUCCAAACACUGGGUCAGGACCCACGGUUGGGUCGUGGGAGAUAUGUUUCUGGGCCCAAAAACGGUUGUUAAGAUUUGAGUGGUUAAGACCGGUACCCUGUGUGUGAAAGACAUCAUGGUCGCUGUAGUGACUUGUUCUUAAAAUAAAAAAACAACAAAACGAACCUAAGCCACUUGAGGGGGCUGCUGUACUGGUACUUGUAGUAGUUGAUGCGUUGUCUUCCGGGUCCAAUGAAUGAAUUACACACAUCAGCGUAGUAUGCAAUCAACAACAUUUAUUUGUCUAAACAAACGGACUGAGCCGGACGCGGCGACGACGUUGACGGUCAAAAAACUUUGUGCUUCCCCAGUCAGCAGCACACCUGCCGAGUAAUUACCUCUUGCUCUUAUUUAACACCUUCCUGCCCAGUGCAGAGCGCCACCUACUGUGGCCUUCCAUUAGGUAUGGCUCUAACAGUCGCAAUGGUUGCAAGUUCAACUCCACCCCUGGCUGAUUGUACUCAAUUCCAUUGUAAGUCGCUUUGGGUAAAAGCGUCUGGUAAAUGACAUGUAAUGUAAUUUAUGUGUAUGUGUUUUAAAUAUCGGAUUUGGGAAUGAUGUCGCCUCCGAGUUCAUGACAUUACAGAGAGAAGUUUGAAAAAUGGAAAAACUAUGGAUGCCAGGCUAGGGCAGCAACAUGUCUACGGAUAAAACAGUACUAUGUGUACAACUGUGAAACAAAUACAACAUUAAUGGUAAAGUAGCAGUGUUUGGAAUUCUAGCUCUGGGUACUGGGCAUUUGGGUCAUGAUAGUUUGCCAUCUUCAAAAAGUGGGUCCCCCAUGGCAUGAAACUCACUGUGUUUGGCAGUGAGAGGUAAAAGUAAACAACGAAGUGUACAACAAAGUGUACAACGAAGUGACCUCAGUGGGAGGUGAGAAUGUCGCGUCAUUUAAGAGGAAAAUUUGCCACUAAAAUAGGAAACUGUGAUGCCGAGAUUGGUCAUUUAAUUGUUUUUAAAAGGUGGUGAAACUUGUUACUGCGUUAGAUGCAAAGACAUCAGUACAUUGUGUGUGUUUGCACAGGUUGCGAUGGAUCCUUUUAACUAGAUUCAACUGAAGUUUGAAAAUGUUUUCAAACUGUAGUCUGUGAUAUUGUUUUAAUAUAUGAUUUGAAGAAAGGCUUCAAAUACAUCAACUCUGUUUCUAGAUAUUGAUACUAGGAAGUAUCAGAAUGAACGUUAUCACUGGCAACAGACAGAGAUUUAUUUUCUUUUAGUGUCCACUCUUGGUAAUUUAUUUUUUUGUUUAAAAUGUCUAGUACUAAUAAACACGCUGUUCUAUAACUUCAUUGAAAAUUGAAAUUGAAAAGGAGAAAUCAUUUGAAAAGGAGAAAGUAAAACUAAAUUCAGAGCGAGUGUCAGCUGUAGAGAAUAUAGCAUGAUCCAUAGGCACACAGUUGGAACCACUGCUAUUUAAAGAAUAAGUGAAAUUAAAAAUGUAAUGUAUAAGAGGUUUAUUAUGAAGAAUAAAGUGUAAACAAGUGACAAAUGA